CUCUCACCAUCGUCAUCGCCCUCUUUUUCCUUCCUUUCCUUCUUUGCUUAAAAACACAAUCGAUCGAUGACGAUGGCAGACGCAGGUCAAUUGGGCCAUUUAUUCUAUAUUUACAAUCCAUCCUUCUCUCUUCCCCUCAAAUCCAAACUCAAAGGUUUCACCAUUGCUGUUAUUCGCUUCCCUGUCCAAAACAUGUUUUGGCUAUUCUUUGCCAUUAACUUGUAUGCUAUAGCUGCUUAG